AACACAAAGUCCAGUGUUUCGCAAUUCACGUGGGCGCAGUGGGUGAACCAGUGGCCGCUGGUCGGUUGAAUUCACCAGUCCAUCUCCUUUACAUACGAGAAAAGAUGGUAGAUGAAGCUGGUGACAGGGAUGAAUCAGCGACAGUGGCAAUCAUCAGAGAAGUUUACGACAGUGCCAAUGCACAUGAGGCUUUCGAAUAUGAAUUGGAAAGAGCACUCGAGGCGGAGUACAAUCUGAUUGUCAUUGAGCCAUCGAAACUUGGAGAUGAGACUUCUAGGUGGAUUACUGUGGGCAAUUGCCUUCACAAGACAGCAUCCUUGUCCGGAUUAGCUGCUAUCAUGACUGGUGUUGUUUGGGGUGACAAACCAUACAUUUGUGGUACGUUUGGAAUAACAGCUGUGAUAACUUGUGGACUUUACACAGUAUCGUGGCAAUUUGAUCCAUGUUGCCAGUAUCAAGUAGAAACAGACACGAGUAAAUUACCUCACGUUGAACUUCUAGCUGUUCUCGGGCCAUCAUCUCCAACAUUUCUCGUAAGAAAAGACGACAGGAGACGUAGAAUACUCCAUACAACAAUUACCCUAACGGCAUUCAGUAUCUGUGCAUGGAGGCUCUAUCAAGCCUUGAAAUGAAACAACAGAGUCCACGCAAAAUUUAAGAGAGGAAAAAUAAUACAAAAUAGUUGUUAAACGACAAAUGACUCUUUCCGCUCCCUUCCCACGUACACAUAGCAUAUUUUCUGCAUUUUUCUUCCUCAAUAACUGGAGGAUUACUUUGGGGCAUGAUUUUGUCGCUAUGUCAAACGACUAUGAAACACUCUGGACGAAUUGGAGAAAGGGAUUUCGGUUUAUUAAGUUUUCGUUUAGAAAGGAGAAUAAAAAAAAAUAACGAAAUAUUUUAUUUUUACCGGCGUGAGAGAAAUGAAUAUUAGAGUUCACUGUAUUUUUUAAUCUGUAAAUAAAAUAGGUAGAAUACACAGUGUAAAAUGAAAAACAAAUUUGUUGCUACUGUUGGGACAUGUGGAGGGCAUGAGUUAACUGGACAAUGAUUGCGAUUCAGUUCCUAUUACAUGUUAAAAGUAAUUUUUCCUCCAAUUUUCGUGUAAAGAUAUUUUAACUCAGUUCACCACAUGCGUCCCAUUUUGUCCCAUGUUUCCCUAUGCUUGGGCCCAAUUAAGCUAGAACAAUGAUUUUUUAUCUAUUGAUUUUUUCAUCUCAAAAUAAAGACGAAACGAUUCAAAA